AUGCGGCGUAAUCUACAGAUGCAGGACUGCAAUAAUGGUGAAUCAGAAGGGGUUAACAGAUUAGAUUCUGAGCACCUACUUAUGGCUUUAAGAAAGAUUGUGAUCCCUGUUGUGGAGGAUUGGAUUUCAAAAGUGGGGAUCCAUUCUGUUCAGCAAGUUAUAGGACCUGUUAUGGAAGAUUCAAUUCGGAAGGUAAAAGAUGAAAUUCAGUUGGUGGUAGAAAAAAGGUUGAUUUACCAGGAUUGGAACUCUAUGGACGAGACAACUACUCCGAUACCAAGAGAGUAUAAGCUGAAAUUCAUAGGCGAAGUUUCUGAUCCAGUUUAUACAGGGAGUGAAAUUGAAGGAAAAGAAGGUACUGACGUUAAAGUUGCUCUGGUCGAUGAUGUAACUGAGGAUACUGUUGACUCCGGGCCUGAAUCCUCAGCAACGGUGGAGAUAUUAAUUCUCGAUGCAGGUGAUGAAAACUUCGACAAUAGCAUUAUUAUAGCAAACAAUAAGCCUCAUUUUCGUAAACCUGUCUAUGUUAAUCUGGAGAAAGGCAUUUGUAUUUUGCCUAAGAAUGUGAAGUUAGGACACAAUUCUGCGUGGAUAAAGCACUGCAAAUGCAGACUAGGGGCAAGAGUUGUGCAAAAAUUUGAUGGAAGUAGAAUUAAAGAAGCAUCGACAGAGUCAUUUACAGUCUUGGACAAACGCAGCAAAUUGUAUGAGAAACAUGACCAACCAUCUCUUUUUGAUGAUGUGUGGAGACUAAAAAAUGUUGGCAGAAUUGGUGCUCGACGUAAUCGUUUUCGUGAGAAUUACAUUUCUACAGUACAAGAAUUUCUGUUUUUACUCUCUGUUGAUCCUCAGAGGCUCCAAAAAAUAUUUGGUGCAGGCCAUUCAACAUGGAAGGGCACGGUGGAUCAUGCUCGUAAAUGCAACAUUGAUGAUAAAAAGAUGUAUUUACACUGCUCUUCCUCCUCUGAAUGUAAAAAUGGUGUAGUUUUCGAUGUUGUGGGACAACUGAGGGGGGUUCUGCGUAACAACCGUUAUGUUCCAAUUGGAAGUGUAGCUGAGGAUGAAAAGGACAAUGCACGGAAGUUACUAGCACGUGCAUUUGAAAAUCAAAAGGAAGCACCUGCAUUUGAAAAUGAAAAGAAGGCAACUGCAUUUGAAAAUUGGAACGAAAUAGCCUUUUUUGAUGAUGAAGCUUCUUUUCUGCGUAAUUUUCAGUGCAUAUCCAAUGAUAAGAAUGCCGUCAACUCUACCGGACUGGACGGUCAUUUUGUCCAAUAUUUUGAAAAUGCAGAUUAUUUGAAUGAACUGCUUUCCGGGUUUGCAGACGAGGACCCAAAUUCAUUCUCUGAUACUCUGCCUCAGAGGAGAUGUGAUGAUGGUUGUGAUCUAAUAGCUUCCUAUCUUUCUGAGACCUGCAUGGUUGAACCAAAUUCUGAUCAACAAUGUAUUGUCAGCAGGAUCAGCAUUGUUGGUGUUGUUAUGACUUUAAGAUGGUGGUUUCGCGUAAAAAAGAGGGUUGCAUUUCUUGGAGAUGAACGCGUUCAUAAAAGGCAGAGGCACGGAUGA